CGCGCCGCCGCUCGUUUCUCUCCCUGUCCAUUCUUUCAUUUCCUAUGCCGAGGAUUCGUAGGCAUUGACUGCGUGGAACUCGUUCUUUCUCGCCCCCUCCUAGUCCUGUCGUCUCUUGUAUUUCCACCCCAUUCCUCCUGGCACGCUCCAGAACGACUGAUAAGCUCGCCCGAUCCACUGGCAGCUAUCUAUCUACCUACUUGUCCAUAUCCCUAAAAAGGCUACUCGGUCCGUCCGAAGAUCAGAAGGCAUCGAUUGGCAAUCCUCGCCCUAUUAAUCGCAAACCCACCCGUAUGCGGUAAACCUGGGGAAUGCCGGAGUCUAUGAGGCCCCAACAACGUUAGCUUCUAGCCUAGCAGGCCGGAUCUUCGGACGAAAAAGACUGAAUCAUGGCCUCCUCAUACGCCCUACCGCAGCCUCCCUUACCAUACAACCACGGGCAUUCGCACUCACACUCGCCCUCACACUCACACUCACCUCCGUCCUUUGGCCACUCGAGGUCAGGUCGCUCCCUAAGACAGCAAUCGAUUCAUGACCACGACCACACCCACGACCACACACAUGACCACAAUCACGACCACAAUCACGACCACGCCAGCGAGCAUGUCGGCCACGACGCGCAAGCGCAUGUUUACCGAAACAUGACACAACACCGAGCAAAUUCGUACGUAACAGUACAGAGACGUGAGAGGCGACCGUCUCCCCUUAGGCAUAGCGAGGAGCCGAUAAGCCCGGAGGGAAUUGGGAUAAAAGACCCGCUGGUAGUACCGAAGUAUGAGGCGCCUGCUGGUGCUAUUUUCCCCGAUGACCACAAACACGACGACCAUCACGGCCACGAUCACGCACAUGGAGCGGGUUAUUCGAAAUUUACGGCAUUGCUUCUGCCUUAUACGUCGAGGUGGCCGUUGAUUCACGCUAUCAUGAUGGAGAAAGACUCGCGUCGUAUUUUCUAUUUUAUGGGGGUUAAUUUCUCGUUCAUGGCUGUCCAGGCUGUUUACGGAUACCUCACCGAUUCGUUGGGGCUUCUCAGCGAUAGCAUACAUAUGUUUUUCGACUGUGUAGCUCUCGCCGUGGGGCUUUUCGCGUCCGUUAUGAGCAAGUGGCGGCCCAGUGAAAGAUUUCCCUACGGCUUCGGGAAAAUUGAAACACUAAGCGGGUUUGCGAAUGGUGUCUUUCUGAUACUCAUCAGCGUCGAGAUUAUGAUCGAGGGGUUUGAGCGGUUGCUCGAAGGACGAGAAACCAAAAGGCUCCGGGAACUAUUUAUUGUUAGCACCUUGGGCUUAGUGGUCAAUCUCUUGGGUAUAUUCUCUUUCGGCUCCCAUGGCCAUCAUGGGCACAGUCACGGCCACGACCACAAUCACGGACACAGCCACGGUCACAAUCACGAAAAAGACCACAACCACGAUUGCCACGCGCACCAAGAGCACAGUCACGAUCACAGCCACGGUCACGCUCAUUCGCACCACGGUCAUGAAAAUGAGAAUAUGCAUGGGAUAUACCUGCAUAUCCUCGCAGACACACUAGGGAGUGCAUCGGUGAUCAUAUCGACCAUCUUGACCUAUGUGAUCCCGUGGGCCGGCUGGGACCCUCUGGCUUCCUUCCUGAUCGCGUAUCUGAUUCUCAUCACGGCAAUCCCAUUAGUGAAAUCGUCGGCGCGACGACUGCUGCUGACGAUACCAGCGGAUACGGAAUACAAUCUUCGCAACACGCUGUCCGAGAUCACCAACCAGCGAGGCGUCGCCUCCUACUCCGUGCCCAAAUUCUGGGUAGAUGACGGCGCAGGAAGCGGGACUGGUGGCAAACUGCUAGGAGUGGUGCACGUAGCGGCGGUUCGUGGCGCGGACCAGGAGGAAGUUCGCGAGAGGGUGCAGAAUUACUUGGGUAAACACGGCAUCGACCUUACGAUCCAGGUGGAGAGGGAAGGCGACACGAGCUGCUGGUGCGGAAUGGGUCGGCUCAACGCCAUUGCGGCUAAGGGACUGGGCGGAUAUUGAGAGGGCGGAGUUGCGGAUUAGCGGAAACUGACGACUGGUGUGGUUGGUUUUAUAGUCGAGGUUCCCUUGGACCGGGCCCAGGGAGAGCGUGCCAUCGGAUCCGCCGCGCUCCCGUCUAAUGCGGUCUGUGUAACCGCGUGGCUCUUGAGGAUCCCCGCUUUCAUUGUAGUUGCGUCAGAAGCGAUGUCGAUUUCGGACACGGGACUGACAGGAUAGGGGGUGGGGAGUAGACCGGGACGAGGGGUGAUAGAUUAUACAUACCCACUAUAUGUGUGAUAUGCCUGCCUAUCUAUCGAAGGGUGCUCACCUAGGUACACUAGUAAAUGUAGAUUUAUGACAUGCGGUCCUGGGGUAUGAGGAGUAAUAAUGCGCUUAAAAGGGGCGGAUCGGGACGUGUUGAUUAGCGCAAAGCGGCUUCGACAUUUUGCUACGUAACGCAGCCCUCGACUCCUAUCACGUCCCCGCAUAUCGGACAUUGGAUGUCUUCUCCUUUUCAUGCGGCAUCGGAGAACCGGUUUGUCACGACUUAAUAUGACGUAUCCCCCAACAGGUCCGUGGG